AUUAAAAUAAUAUUAAAAGUGACAUUACUCUGAGAUAAAAUCCUUAAUUAAGGAUUUUCCACGGUUGAUCCUUAGUGAGCUGGCGUCCUCUUUUCUCCCCUCUCUUCUUCCAUCGCCUUCCAAUCCUCUCCAAUGUUAAUUAGUUGGGUUCCUCAACCAUCGUCACGUGCUAUCAACUCCCAUACCAACACCUUCCUUCUCCCUCCUCUGUUCUCUUCCUCCCUCGAACCCGCCACGGUACCACCUCCGUUCAAGCCGUCACAACAUUCAACGGGUAAUGAUUCAACAACAAAGCUCUUGAAGGAGGAGGAGGGUGGUGAUAAGGUCGUGUUCGAUACCAGCGGAGAGAUGCCCGUUAGCUUUGAUAAUAGCUUGGUGAACGAAGAAGAGGAGCCUGCCAAGAAGGAAGUGUUUGAAAAAGAAGAGAAAGAGCUCACUGAGGUCAUCAAAGGUCCAAAGUCCUCAACUUUAUUAGCUGCUACUUAGAAAAGUUUCUAGAUUUUGAUUUGAUGAUUAUUCGAGAAUGUGUUAGGCAUGGUUGUUGUAUUGACGAUAUACUUAGCUCGGAUGUUUAAGAGUGAUGAGGAUUUCAUUAGAAAGAGUGGUCUUUUAGUGAAUGGCGUGGUGCUUAGUGCUUAACAAUGCUCAGUUCGUAUUAGCGUUUGACCAAAAGAAUGAUAUGAGGAAUUGGACUCCAUUGAUUGGUUCGCUUCUUGCAUUUGGCAUGGCUAGUUGUUAGUGAAGAUGAUCGAGACUGUGUUUUGUGGGGAGCAAGAACUGUGUUUUGUGUGUUGUACUGAAGAAAGAAUAAUUAAGAGAUUUUAAGGAAAACACCAUUGGAUAUAGAAUUUAGACUAGAAUCCUUAAUUAUUCAAAUUAGAAAAAAAAUAGUUUAAUAAUGGUAAGGACUCCAAUGGUGUAUCACCAUUGGAGUUGCUCUUAGUGGGAGUUAGAUUUAUAGAGAAUUUGUUGAUUUCAAAAGUAUAGAAAUUUGUUGUAUUUGGAAAGAGUUGGAAAAAAUUUUGCAUAUUGUGGAAAUCCAUAAAAAUAAAUAGCUAUAAUGAAUUUCAAGAAUCCAAAGAAUAUAUUUAGUAUAUCAAAAUCUUAAUAUAU